AUGGAAGUUACAGUUGUUGGAUCCAUUAACACAGACCUUAUGUGCUACACAGACAAAUUUCCCCUCCCUGGUGAAACCAUAGUUGGAGCAAAGUUCGCUACGGGAUUCGGGGGUAAGGGAGCCAACCAGUGUGUUGCAGCAAGAAAGCUCGGUGCUAAGGCCUCUCUCAUCUCACGGGUCGGCGAUGAUUACUUUGGGAAAGACUAUAUCGAGUAUCUGAAAACGAUCGGUGUGGAGACGGGCACCAUAAGAGUAAGCCAUACCGCUGAUAGUGGCGUCGCAGUGAUUACUGUGGAACAAAAUCAUGGGAAUAACACCAUUGUGAUAAUUCCUGGAGCUAACGAAGAGAUUUCCAUUAAUGACAUUGAGGAGGCACAUAAGAAGGGUCUUAUCGGCGAAAAAGUGAUGGAAUGUCAGUUUGAGUCGAAUGCCGAGGCAACGCUCUAUGCACUAGAGAAAGCAAAAGAGCAUGGGGUCAUCACGAUACUUGAUCCUGCUCCCGCACCGAAUCCCGGCUCGCCCUUCCUUCCAUUGCUGAAACGCUUCAUGGAAGCGUCGACGAUGGUUUGUCCUAACGAAACUGAGGCGGCAGUACUUACAGGCAUCCCUGUCCCUGAUUUUGCGGGAAAAGAACCCAUUCAGAUUGCUGAGUCUGCUUUGGAGUGGCUCUUACAUCUACGAGAGGCCGGCGUAACCUACCCUUUGGUCACUCUCGGUGUUAAUGGAGUAGUCGGUCUGCUACCUAGAUGUGAGGGCGAAGCUACUCGGGCGAACGACGUAACUAUGCUGAAGUCAGACUUGAUAACCGGUGACAAUGCCAUCUUCCAUAUUCGCUGCCCAAUUUAUACAAAGGUCGUCGACACCACUGGGGCUGGCGAUUGCUUUGCUGGAUCUCUAGCCUUCUACAUGGCCCGAUACCCCGAAAUCACGAUCGUGGAAAAGCUGCGUCGAUCCGUCUGGAUAGCUAGUCAGUCAGUCCUGCGACACGGCACUCAAGCCAGUUUCUACGAGCGUCACGAACUUCCAAGAGAGUUGUUCGAAAGUGCAGAAUUCCGCUGGCCCUAG